AUGGCUCCAAGUUUUGAAGACGGAAAAUCACUAUUCAAUUUUGUUGUUCGAGAUGGCAAUGGUGUGAAGGGUAUGCUGGAUGGGCCCGAUCAUGACCAAGUGGCAAAUGACUUUGCCAAUGCCGCUGAGGUUCUUGGGUUCUUCCAAGUUUUGAACCAUGGCAUGCCUCUCGAGUUGCUAGAGUCCCUUAAAAGUUCUGCUAAUGAUUUCUUUGGACAAGCGCCGGAGAACAAGGCUGCGUAUCGGAAAGGUGUGAGCCCUAGCCCAUAUGUGAAGUACGGAACAAGCUUUGUACCGGAGAACGAAAAGGCAUUGGAGUGGAAGGACUAUUUGAGCAUGAUACUAAGUAAUGGAAGGUACAAAAGUGCUGAACACAGAGCGCGAACUAAAAGCAGCCAAUCAAGAGUGUCCGUCCCAAUAUUUACCAUCCCAAAGGCAACAGAAAGAAUUGGGCCAUUGCCUGAGGUGGUGGAGAGUUAUGGAGUUGCUCGUUAUCGUGAGGUGGUGUUUGAGGAUUAUAUGAACAACUUCUUUAGCAUUGCACAUGACGGGAAGAAGUCUCUUGAUUAUGCCACCAGAUCAUGCAAAAGAUAUCCAGUAAUGUUAAACAAAUUAAGUGACUGUGCAAUUCAAAAUUAAGUUUACUCCCUUGAUCCAUAUAAUAAGGAGGGUUUAUAUUGUACUUUCAUUUACCUUGAUUAUCUUUUUUUGACUGUUUGUUAUUUCAGUUAUCUUGAUUAUCUUUUAU